AUGUACGGGCUACUAUUAGAGAAUAUGGCGGAGUACAUCCGGCAAACCUACGGUGAAGAGCGCUGGGAAGACAUCAGGCGACAAGCCGAUGUCGAACAGCCGUCCUUCUCCGUUCAUCAAGUAUACCCCGAAAAUUUGAUUACAAGACUAGCAAAAAAGGCACAAGAGAUAUUAGGAAUAACAGAACGUGAAUUUAUGGACCAGAUGGGUGUGUACUUCGUCGGAUUUGUGUCACAGUAUGGUUAUGAUAGAGUUCUAUCAGUUUUAGGUAGACACAUGAGGGACUUCCUAAAUGGACUUGACAACCUCCACGAGUACUUGAAAUUCAGUUAUCCAAGAAUGAGAGCACCCAGUUUUAUAUGUGAAAAUGAAACUAGGCAAGGACUCACUUUACAUUAUAGGUCGAAAAGAAGAGGAUUUGUAUAUUAUGCUAUGGGACAGAUCCGAGAGGUAGCCCGUCACUUUUAUAAUAAAGAUAUGAGGAUAGAACUGUUAAGAGAGGAGUUAUUAUUUGAUACAGUGCACGUGACAUUCCAAUUGACGUUUGACAAUCGCGCCUUCACGCUCGCGUCUUUAGCGAUGACUAGAGAGGAGAAACAUCUACCUAUCAGUGCGUCGGUACUAUUCGAGAUAUUCCCCUUUUGUAUUGUAUUUGGGUCAGACAUGGUGGUACGUAGUAUCGGCAACUCAUUAAUGGUAAUACUACCCGAUUUGGUCGGGAAAAAGAUCACUAAUUGGUUUGAUUUAGUACGACCGCUCAUCGCAUUCAAAUUUCAAACUAUCUUAAAUCGUACUAACAAUAUCUUUGAACUGGUAACUGUGGAAGCAGCCAUGCAUGAGAAGUCCACAGACAAACGAAAUGAGCUAAUGCGUCUAUCUGAUGAAUCGGAUGCUGCCACUGAAAAGAAUCUCAGACUUAAAGACUCGCCCAUAAAGAAACGCUAUGCGUAUGACGGGAGACGAUUGCCUGACAUUAUUAAUUUACAUCUCAAAGGUCAGAUGAUCUACAUGGACAACUGGCGGCUGAUGAUGUACCUCGGGACACCAGUGAUGCCAGAUCUAUCAGCGCUCGUGUCAACUGGUCUUUAUAUUAAUGAUUUAUCAAUGCACGACUUUAGCAGAGAUCUCAUGCUAGCUGGUACUCAACAAUCAGUAGAGUUGAAAUUAGCAUUAGACCAGGAACAACAGAAGAGCAAGAAACUCGAAGAAUCCAUGAGAAAGCUUGACGAGGAGAUGAAAAGAACCGAUGAACUCUUGUACCAAAUGAUACCCAAACAAGUUGCAGAUAGGUUGCGGAAUGGGGAGAAUCCUAUAGACACCUGUGAGAUGUUCGACAGCGUAUCCAUCCUGUUCUCCGAUGUCGUCACCUUCACGGAGAUCUGUUCCCGCAUAACCCCGAUGGAAGUUGUCUCCAUGUUGAAUGCAAUGUACUCGAUCUUCGACACGCUCACUGAGAGGAACAGAGUUUAUAAGGUGGAAACGAUAGGAGACGCGUACAUGGUAGUAUCAGGAGCACCAGAAAAGGAAGAUAAUCAUGCUGAAAAAGUAUGCGAUAUGGCGCUUGAUAUGGUGGAUGCAAUCACGGACUUGAAAGACCCUAGUACGGGAUCUCAUUUAUCAAUCAGAGUGGGUGUCCACUCAGGAGCAGUAGUGGCUGGCAUUGUAGGAUUAAAAAUGCCACGUUACUGUCUUUUUGGAGACUCGGUUAAUACAGCAUCUCGCAUGGAAUCUACCUCUGAAGCCAUGAGGAUUCACAUCUCGCAGACCACAAGGGAACUACUGUCACCUUCGUAUAUGGUUACAGAAAGGGGAGAAAUACAAGUUAAAGGCAAAGGUUCAAUGAAAACUUACUGGCUAGAAGGGCGAGAAUCCAGACCAUCUUUAACAAAGGUCAUAUCUCCACAACUACCACCUGGCACCGAAUUAGAAUGGGAAAGAGCUGCCGAUAUUCGCGAUAGCAUUGCUGAAUAUUCUGCUCAACAAAUGAAUAAUAAAGAAACCUAUCAACACCUGCCUAAUUCUGUAACUUCCGGAUCUAAUUCGCUAGUUAAUAGCCCUGGAAAUUUGAUGACUGUUCAACCGUCAACGCCUAUUGUCAAGAGCCAAGUUAGGUCAAGUACUCCAGCACCUAUAGUAAUGUCACCAGUAGAAGAGAGAAGGAUGUAUUCUCCUGUCACUUUUCAAGAUGUAGCUAGGAGGAGUAUAGCAAACUCACCUAAUAGAACAGAUAAAGAAAGAGAUACAAGAUCAAAUUCAACAGGAUUCGCUGGUACUUGGACUGACGUGGACAACGACCCAACGAAAACGCUCGUCAGUUAUAAUUCGUCAUUGUGUUCACCAUCCCCUUGCAGAGUUGAGACCGCGCCUGUUUUCAAAGAACGAGAACCAGAAAGCUGUAUAGAGAAGGUGUGUGGCCACAUAGUGCCGCCUGCAACCGACUCAUGUUCCACGCUCCGGCCUGAUACCAGCUCCUCGAUAUCACCCAGUCAAUGCAGAGAAGAGAUUGAAACUGACACAGAGUAUCAAGAUGCCCAUGGAGAAGUAGCCCAAGAUGUUCACAUCUGCACCAUAUCAGAAACCAUCGCUGAACCAAAUCAUUCAAAACCGGGUAAAGUGAGUAGAUUUAAAGCCAAAAUAGCUCCGGGUCAUUUAAAAAGCUGUUCUCACAAACCAUCAAAGGAUUCAAUUAAAGAGAAGACCCAAUCAUUACAAAGUAAUGUUCAGCCUCAUGGACAUCAUCAUUCGAAGAAUGUAAACCAUCAUCAGUGUUGCGGUGCAUUUGGCAAUCCUCAUGUUCGACAUAAAUCUAGUAAUUCGAGUUGCCAUCUUAUUUAA